GCUGCAAGCCCGGAACAAACCGCAUCCGACGGUGGGGGAGGGCCGGUGCUGCCGGCAGCUGACGGCUUCCACGGGAGCUCCAAGGCGGUCGCGGCCGAAGAGGCGUCCGCCAUUCAGAACCAGGUGCCGAGAGGCCUUCGCUUGUUUGAUCUGCUGCGCCUGGUGAAGGACAACGCAGAGUGGCUUCAAGGCCCCACGGCCCGGGGAACGGGCCGGAAGAACAUGUACGACGUCACUCCCGAGCUCAUCAUCGCACGAUCCCCGGGCCACGAACGGAUCGUAGAGCUGACGGCGGAGGAUGCCGAGAAGAUCACGCAAUCCCUCGCCGGUAGUGAUGACGAACAGUCUCACCGGAUCUUUGUCAAGGGCUCCCUCCAGUGUCGGGAGGGAGCCAAACUUGGAGGGGUCCCUGUGGAGAACCUGGUGAUCCAGGGAAUCCUUUGCGAGGAAGGUGCGCAGCGCCGGGAUUACUGGAACCGUGGCAGUGAUGCUCGGUUGAUGCACAUGGGCAACCCGCAUUACCCGGCAAAUACUUGCGAGGGCAAGUCGCAGGUACGGAGGUUUCGGGGAGGCAGAUGCGACGACUUCUGUCAGGAGCGUCAGGAACUUUGGCGCACCACGGACAGGCACGGACGCCGGCUGUCUCAGGACCCUGGGCAACAUGGAGCCUCAGCAGUCAUGCAAGGGUUUGGCGAUGACAUCAACGGUGGUGUUGGGCAUUUGCAGGAUGUGAUCCCCGAACAGCUGCUCGGGAAGCAGCUCGGCGAGCUGAACGCCCGCCGACAGAAGGAGCGGCUGAAGAAGCCGGGGACGGUCGUGGUCCUGCGCAGCGGCGCACCUUGA